AAAGAUCUUUCAGAUGACUUUUAUUGGCUGAUUCCUGGAAUAUUUGGUGUUGGUGGAAGUUUAGAAGUUUACAUCACGACGCCAGAAGGCGGCGCUUGGGAUGGGUUCGCUAUCAACUUAUUGGAUACUACAGAUGUUAAUUACAACGUGUAUGGGGGAGCCUCUGAGAUCGUUAUGCUACAUAUGAUGGUUGUGAGACAGCAUAACGAGCUCGUUUUCAAAACAUGGGUAGGUGGCUGGACCAACAUAUUAAGCAUGGCAAUUCCAUUUCCUGAAGGAAGUGUUACUAAGUUUACUAUAGUACCACAUGCAGACGUCUUGCAAGUAUUGAUGAACGAUGAACACUUAGUCCAGUACCCACACACUGUCGAUCCUACCACUGCAAAAUUGAUCAACAUCGGUCCUUUUUCAAACACCUUAAUUAAGCUUCACAAUAUUACCUUUAUAGGUAUAUAGAUCAAGAUAGACUGAUCAAAAUUUAUCAAAAUUCUUAAUUAUAACAAUUUUCUAUAAAAAAAAACAGUUACAAAUGCUUAGAUAAAAUCUUAUAAGUCUUCAAUAUGUUUUUGUUGUCUAGAAUAUGAAAACAAUAUAUUACUGUAAAGUUUUAGAUGAUUUUAGAUGUUACAGAUAUUUAAAGCAAACAAUUCUAUAUCAUGAAAUCAAAAUAGUAUUAGUGUAAAAACUGAUUAUAGAAAUGCUGAACACUGCUUAAUUUUAUACUCUAGUUCGAGUUCUUCAAGAAAUGAAAGAAAAAGAAAAAAUACCAUUGCCUUAUAUUUCUUUUAAUUUUUGAAACCCAGGGCAUAAGUUUUUUAGUUUAUUUUAAUAGUUUACAGUGUUGAUUAUCAAUAAAAGCAAACCAGUUUUGAUAGAUACCAUUUUAUUUCAUAGAAUACAAGCACAGAAUGCUUUUGAUGUUUUUAAUCAAAUAACAGGAUAACAGUAGAAGAAAAAUGUUUAA